AUGACCUCGCCUACCACCCAAACCGCCAACGCCAUUGCGGCCAUCCGCAACAAGGGCUCGAUGCCCGUCCCCGAAAUUGACUUCACCGUCCACACCCUCGAGAACGGUGACACUGUCAGCACCACCGAGCGUGUCGUCAAGGAUGUCCAAGCUCCCGCCAUGUACACCCCGACGGACGAGCAGUUCUGGUCCAAGACGGAUCCGACAAAGCCUGACAUUGCAUUCCUCAAGAACCACUUUUACCGCGAGGGACGAUUGACGGAGGAGCAGGCGCUGUACAUUCUGGAGAAGGGCGGCGAACUCCUCCGCAAUGAACCUAACCUUCUCGAGGUUGACGCCCCCAUCACGGUGUGCGGAGAUAUCCACGGACAAUACCUGUUCGAGGUUGGCGGCAACCCCGCCGACACCCGCUACCUGUUCCUCGGCGACUAUGUCGACCGCGUUUACUUCUCGAUCGAGUGUGUUCUCUACCUGUGGUCGCUCAAGAUCUGGUACCCGGACACAUUGUUCCUGCUUCGAGGCAACCACGAGUGUCGUCAUCUGACCGACUACUUCACCUUCAAGCUCGAGUGCAAGCACAAGUACUCUGAGACGGUGUAUAAUGCGUGCAUGGACACUUUCUGCAACCUCCCCCUCGCCGCGAUCAUGAACAAGCAGUUCCUCUGUAUCCACGGCGGACUUUCCCCCGAACUUCACACCCUCGACGACCUGCGCGCCAUCAACCGAUUCCGCGAGCCUCCCACGCACGGCCUCAUGUGCGAUAUUCUGUGGGCCGACCCCUUAGAGGACUUUGGCAACGAGAAGAAUGCGUCGGAGAACUUUGUGCACAACCACGUCCGUGGCUGCUCGUACUUCUUCACGUACAACGCGGCGUGCCAGUUCCUGGAGCGCAACAACCUGCUGUCGAUCAUCCGUGCACAUGAGGCGCAGGACGCUGGUUACCGCAUGUACAAGAAGACCAAGACGACGGGCUUCCCAUCGGUCAUGACGAUCUUCUCGGCGCCCAACUACCUGGACGUGUACUCGAACAAGGCCGCCGUGCUCAAGUACGAGGCCAACGUCAUGAACAUUCGCCAGUUCAACUGCACGCCGCACCCGUACUGGCUGCCCAACUUCAUGGACGUGUUCACGUGGUCGCUGCCGUUCGUCGGUGAGAAGAUUACAGACAUGUUGAUUGCGAUCCUGAACUGCUGCACGAAGGAGGAGCUCGAGGAGGAGGAGGAGACGCCAAUGAUCACGCCCGAGACGCCGACCGAGGCUGACAGCGAGAUGGACGACGUGUCCGCCGAGCGCCGUGCGGUCAUCAAGAAUAAGAUUCUCGCCGUGGGACGUAUGUCCCGCGUCUUCUCGCUGCUGCGUGAGGAGUCUGAGCGCGUAUCCGAGCUGAAGAGCCUGACUGGGUCUAACACGCUCCCGGCGGGUCUGCUCGCCAACGGUGCCGAAGGGAUCAAGGAGGCGAUCCAGGGCUUUGACGAUGCGCGCAAGAGUGACAUUGAGAACGAGCGUCUCCCUCCCGACAUUAUCGACCCGGACGAGGGCGCCCCUGCGUCGCCGAACGGCAGCGGUCCCGCCUCGCCCAGCAACACGAGCAUUAGCACGAUGGAGGGCAUCAGCAUCGACACGUCCGUCCCCGCGUCCCCCGUCACGCCCUCGCCGACGGGCACGGCCGGCUCGCCGUCGACACCCAACUGGCGCCGCGGACACAACCGGCAGACCUCGCUCGGGACGACGCGCACGUCGCCGUCCAACCGCCGGCGCUCGCUCGAGAACACGAUGGAGCUCAUCCGCGACGUCGUCGACGGCCGCGACUCGGCCGCAGACAAGAGCGUCCGCGACAUUGCCGAGGUGAUCUCGAGCCCGGUGCGUUCGCGUCCGGAGAACUCGAUUGCCUAA